AUGCCAGCUGGAUACGGCUUUGACGUCACUGUUGAGACUCUCAAUGGUGCCACUCUUCCCGAAUAUGGGACUUCAAAUCUACGCACGCGCUCGAGCUACGCUCAGCGAACCGUCAGCACUAAAGUCGAAUCGAAGACCGACCAGCAAUUCCGCAUCCGCAUUCGAGCCCCAGGGCCGUUCUUAGACUUCAACGAGAAGGACCUCUCAACUGGCAACAGCAUCGACACUUCCGGCAUGCGCUUGAAGACGAUCUCGGACGGAGGGAAACCUCCUUACGAUGUAGUUGUGCGGAUCUUCAUCGAUGGUACAGAGCGCCGCAAGUGGCCUACUCUGAUCCGCCUGUCGCGUGGGCAAGCGAUCAAGGAAGGUAUAACCCUGGAAGGCUCCAUGGUUCCCAACGGCACCGAUCGUCGGGGUGAGACGCUGUUCAAAGAGUUGAAUUGGGUGUUCAGCGAGAUUGACCUCGAUAUACGCCUGGCCCAGCUGGGCCUGUCUCCACUUGGGAACAGUAGCGAUCCACCGCCAGUAAUGCGCAACGACGAUGGAUCCGGCCCACAUGCAGGCGGAAAAUCAGGCAAAAAAGGUACGAUUGAUAUACGCCUCUACCGCUACAUCGAGGAGAAGGUGUGCGAGCCCGAGCUCACAGAAUGGGAUGAUGGGAUGUCCGAUGUCGAGGGUGCACCGCCUACCAUGUUCAGACCUAGCCGGACCAAGCCUCAGAAGCCCUCCCGCAAGGAUAGCUUCGACCAGCCGUCGGUCUCAACCAAUGACGAUGAAAGUAUCGGACCUGAGAUCACACAUCUAGUUGACCAUGUCGACCGGCAGAAGAAGGCUCGUCUCAAGGAGCCCGUCCGUGGAACCUAUCCUGACGGAAACCAGCCGUACGCCAUUUUCCGAUUCCAGUACAUGGCGCUCUCCAGACUUGUCAGCCUCGGAGUCGCCAACGAGGAUGGAUCGCAGGUCGUGCAGAAGGGACGUCGCUAUCAGAUUCGGAAUAUUCCAACUGUCAGUGUGUCACCUUCUAGCCAGGGAUCCAAGAGAAGGGCUGCUGACGGCGACGAAGAUGCUGUUGCUGUUCUUGCGACUACCGAUGCAAAGCGCAAGAAGGUCGAAGCGCAGAGCACUAAACCUACUGCCGGCCCACAAAUGACCUUGCCGGUUAGGCUUAGAGGUGGCCCGCAGACUCGCUGGAUGAGCGCCCAGCAGCAACAAGCUAAGCGCAGCACUCGCAGCACGAGUUCUGGGACUCAAAGCACAUGGUUGACCAUCGCCAAAAGCCUCGAGCUCAAUUAA